GGCGGGCGGACCAGCUGAUCAAGGUCAAAGUGACGCACAGCUGAUUCAGGAAGUUGAGUCUUUGAAAAGAAAGCUCGAGGACGAACGUAGCAAACUUUCUGAUGAAGACCGUUAGUUAUAUGAUAGUUUGAUUGUUGUAGUUGUCACUGCCAGUCAGCACAUAGACGCAGUGCCGUCUUUAAACAUUCGACUGCGACGAGUUCUUAAAGGUCACCAGGGCAAAGUAUUGAGUCUGUCGUGGUCUUUGGAUAAACGACACAUAGUAAGCUCUUCACAGGAUGGAAAAAUACUGGUUUGGGAUGGCUUUACUACAUCUAAAGUACCAGUCCUAUUCAUAUACUUUACUCAAAUUUAUAGGAAUAUUCUAUAUCAAUGCCUACCACCUGGGUAAUGUCCUGUGCAUACAGUCCUUCUGGAGGUUUCAUCGCCUGUGGCGGUCUUGACAAUAAAUGCACCGUUUAUCCACUUCUCUCCGAAGAGGACCCAGUUCCUAAAAAAAAGCUUGUAGCAACACAUACUUCAUACUUAUCUUGUUGUUUAUUCAACAUAUCUGAUCACCAACUGCUUACAGGGAGUGGAGAUAGUACAUGCGUGUUAUGGGACGUUGAAUAUGCACAAAUAAUACAAAGCUUCUAUGGUCAUUCAGCGGAUGUGUUGAGCAUUGCACUAUCGCCCUCAGAAUUUGGGAGAACCUUUGUUUCCGGGGGAUGUGACAGGUGUGCCAACGUUUGGGAUAUGCGCACGGGCCAUUGUGUUCAGGUAUUCCAAGCUCAUGACUCCGAUGUCAACAGUGUCAGGUUUUUCCCCAGUGGUGAUGCAUUUGCUACAGGCUCAGAUGAUGCAACUAUCAGAUUAUUUGAUCUGCGCGCCGACCGCGAAGUUUGUGUUUACAAGAAGGAUAGUGUCAUUUUCGCCUGUAAUGCAGUUGACUUUUCUCUAAGCGGUCGCUUACUGUUUGGUGGUUAUAGUGAUCAUGCUGUGAACAUCUGGGAUGUACUUAAAGGUCAGCGUAUAAAUAUUCUCUAUUGUCAUGAAAACCGUAUUUCCGCUUUACGUGUCAGUCCAGAUGGGACAGCAAUAUGCACUGGGAGUUGGGACACAACUUUGCGGAUUUGGGCGUGAAAAAUUCUUUGUUAAUUCUGCAGAAAAUUUAAUGAACUCAUGAACUCGUUUUCUAGCAUACGUUCAUGUUACCUGGUAUCUAAAAAUACAGACUUUUUUUUGCAUUUAUAUUUUGUAUUUAUUUCAACUAUUUUUUCUCAUUAUUUAUUCAUAUGUUCAAACUUUCCACAUGUGAUAAUAUAUUUCUUAUUUUGUGCGUGUUAAUUUUCCUAUACAUAUAUAGACUUUAUUAUUAUUAUUAUUGUUUUUAGUUUUCUUUGUAUAUUAGAUAAAAUUAUGAUACUUUAUAAACUGCAUCAAUUUGGUCAAAAAAAAACAACAGCAUCUUAUUUGCUUUAUGAAGAAAAAGAAUAAUUAUAAAAAGCUAAAUUUCACUUUUCAUGAAUGGCACAUUUGAUCAUUUUAGCCUUUAUGUUUAGAUUUUACGUCACACCUUUUGUUUUCACCUUUUGCAUUUGUCGUUCUUGUUGUUUGUAUUAUUUCUGUGAUCAAGCACAUUGGUUUAAUGCAUUUAAUAAUAUGUUAAUCGACAAACCAUGUCUUUUGUUUGAAUGUAUAAUUCUUUGUAAUUUCUUCUGUUUCAGUGUUUCUUUUUUAAUUAUUGUUCUACGAUGCAGUAAUGUACAUCAAUAAAUCACUUCUAGGUACAAUCAUUUUGGUCUGCAAUGCU